AUGGAUAGUGUUCUUAAGGAAGGUGGAUUUAUUCAACGUACUCCUUUGUUUGAUGUCACAAAUGAUGGUGUUACCAUUGGAAAAGAAGAGUCUGAGUGGACUUCAGCUAAGAAUAAUGCUCUAGAAGAAAACACCAAAGCUUUGUUUUCUUUAUUCAAAUCGGUUGUCCAAUAUGAGUUAGCUCGUAUUGCUCAUUGUAAAAUUGCAAAGGAGGCAUGGGAUAUACUUCAAUUUACCCAUGAGGGAACAAAUGAAGUCAAAUCUUCAAAGAUUGAGAUGCUUGCGUUUCAAUUUGAAAAUCUUAAGAUGGAAGAAGAUGAAACCUUUUCUGAGUUUUACAUAAAACUCAACCAUAUUGUGUCUGGCCUUAGAAACCUAGGAAAGAAAGUGACAGAUAAGAAGAUUUACAAGAAAAUCCUUAGGUCUUUGCCUGAAAGGUUCAGAAUCAAAGUUGAAACACUGCAAGCAACUUAA